AUGAGCACCGAAUAUACAGAUAAAGAAAAAAUUGAAUCUAUGGACGAUACUAUUGAGGUACGCUCCAUGUGUAUAAAUUGUGAGAAGGAGGGGCUAAAUAAGAUUGUAAAAAUAAAUAUUCCUUAUUUUAAGAACGUUCUAAUACAUUCUUUUGAAUGCGAAUUUUGUAAUUAUAAAAAUAAUGUCAUACAAGAUUUGAAUCAAAUAAAAGAUAAAGGGGUAAAAAUAUGUAUGAAAAUAAAUAAUGAAGAAUUAUUUGAUAGGCAGUUGAUUAAAUCAGAAUAUGGUGUUUUAAAAAUACCUGAGAUAGAUUUUGAAAUACCAAAAGAAACACAAAAAGGUUCCAUUAAUACUAUUGAGGGUUUUUUACAUACAGCUUUAAAUAACCUAACCAUAUAUUUAAAAGAAAUAAAAAGUAUGUAUAAUGAGGUAAACAAUAUUACGACAAAUGGAAAAACUGAAACAAGUGAAACAAUUGAAAAAAAUGAAACAGAUGAGGUGAAAUUAAAUUCAAAGGAGGAUCUUGAACAAAAGGAUAACAAAGUAUCAACAAUAGAUGAAGAAAUAAAUAAUAAUAUUGAUGAAAAUGAUAAUGAAGAUAAUUCAGGUGCCAAUACAAAUGGAACAUGUCAACAAAUUACUAUAGAAAAUUAUAUUAAAAUGAUUGAAAAGACUGUUCAAAAUUUAAGCAAAUUUGUUAUAUUAAAAGAAUUCCCUUUUACUAUUCAAAUAAUUGACCCAUCAGGAUUGAGUUCACUAGAACAUUAUGAAGAUGAUAUAAAAUAUAAGAUAGUUGAUAUUGAAUAUUAUGAUAGAACUAAAGAAGAAUUGCAUGAACUUGGUUUUUAUGAAGAAUCUUUUGAAGAAAAUGAAAAAACAAAUGAUAUUAAUUCUAAUAUGACAGGAAUGAAUACAAAUGAGAAACAAGAUAUUAAAAAAGAAAAUUUCGAUUUUAUAAAAAAAUAUAUUCAUAUGAAUGAUAAUAAUAAUAAUGAUAAUAUACAUGCAAGUAAUAAUAAUACAAAUAGUACUAUGAAAUAUAAAACAAUAAGUAAUGAAGAAGAAGCAAAAUUAAUUGAAUCAUUUGCUUCAAAUUGUCCAUGUUGUAAUCAUAUGGGUAUGAAUAAUUUUUGUGAAAUCAAUAUACCCGGAUUUAAGAAAUGUUUAAUACUUUCUUUUGUUUGUCCAAAUUGUAAUUUUAAAACUAGUGAAAUUAAAAGUAGUGGUGAAAUUAACCCAAAGGGUAAAAAAAUUACCUUAACAGUUAAUAAUAAAAAUGAUUUGAAUAGAUUUGUAAUAAAAUCAGAAACAGCUUCUAUCAACAUUCCAGUAGUUGAACUAACAUCAGAUUAUGGUACUCUUGGUGGUACAUUAACUACUGUUGAAGGAUUAAUUAUGAAAAUUAUUGAAUCCUUGGAAGAAAAGUUUAAAUUCUUAUUAGGAGAUUCUAAUAUUAAUACUCAUCAAUAUGAAAAUGAAAAUAUACCUGAUGCACUUAAUAAAAAUGUAGAUACUACAAGUUCGAAAAUUAGGGAACUUAUUAAAAAAUUAUAUAAAUUAUGCAAAACUGAGGAGUUUUGUCCUUAUGAUUUAAUAAUUGACGACAUUGCAUCCAAUAGCUAUAUUUCUAGUGAUAUAGUAGGAGAGGAUCCAAAUUUAAAGGAAGAAGAAUACGAAAGGACCUAUGAACAAAAUGAUAUGCUUGGACUUACAUCCAUGCAGACAGAGAAUUAUUAA